CCCAAGGGCAAAAGGAAACAGCCCAUCCAAUCCAUCCCGAGCUCACCCCGCACCUCUCAUCCCCACCUCACCCUCUUCACAAGUUCACAUCAGCAGCAGCUCACGAAACAGGAGCGUCAUAAAGACAUGGGCGUCGCAGGGUAAGCCUCAGACCAGUGACGCAGCGGCAGCGGCCCAGGAAGCAACAGCGACCGGCAUCGAUCGCGGCAGCCGAGGUGUGGGGGGGAGGGAGGAGGGGAGGAGGAGGGAGGGAGCGGUCGCCGCAGGAGCAGAGCGGCAUGGGGUCCUGAGCGACUGACUGAUGACUGAGUGACUGACUGAGAAGGAGAUGGCUGGAGCGCGACGGCCCCGGAGGCAUUAAUGGGGUGCUCAUCCUCCUCGUCCUCGUCCUCCUCCCCCUGCCCCUCCUCGCUUCCUCCCCGCCGGGUCGCGGUCGGCUCCGCCUUUUAACCGGCUUGUCCUGGAGCGGGGCGAGCGGCGAACCGCACGGGCGCUCUAACCGCGGGGCGCCGGAACACGAACCGGAACCCUAGUGGUGGUGGCGCGCCCCAUGGGAAUCGAUCUCAACAUGGUGGGCGGCGAGGGCCACGAUCGCCGCCCGCCGCCGCCGGUGAGCCGGGAGCUGUGGCACGCGUGCGCGGGGCCCGUGGUCGCGCUACCGCGGCGGGGGAGCCUGGUCGUGUACCUGCCGCAGGGCCACCUAGCCGCGGCGGGCGGCGGGGACGUCGCUGCGGACCUGCCGCCGCACGUGGUGUGCCGCGUCGCGGAUGUCGAGCUAUGCGCGGAUGCGGCGACGGACGAGGUGUACGCGCGGCUGGCGCUGGUUGCGGAAGGCGAGGCAUUUGGGAGAAAUCUGCACGGCGGCGGAGCUGAAGGGGACGAUGACAUGGAGGAUUUGGAUGCUGAAAGGAAGUCCCGGAUGUUGCACAUGUUCUGCAAAACGCUUACAGCCUCUGACACAAGCACGCAUGGAGGGUUCUCUGUUCCUCGCCGUGCUGCUGAGGACUGUUUCCCGCCUCUGGAUUAUAAUCAGCUCAGGCCUUCUCAAGAGCUGGUUGCCAAGGAUUUGCAUGGAACUAAAUGGAAGUUUCGUCAUAUAUAUAGGGGUCAGCCUCGUAGGCAUCUCUUGACUACUGGAUGGAGUUCAUUUGUCAAUAAAAAGAAACUGGUUUCAGGGGAUGCUGUGUUAUUUCUCCGAGGUGAUGAUGGUGAACUAAGGCUUGGUGUACGGAGAGCCAUUCAGCUUAAAAAUGAGGCCCUUUUUGAAGAUUUCAGUAGUGACAGUACAAAGCGGCAUACAUUGUCGGCUGUAGCUGAUUCCUUGAAGCACAGAAGUGUUUUUCACAUUUCUUACAAUCCAAGAGCUACUGCUUCAGAAUAUAUUAUUCCAUACCAUAAGUUCCUGAAGAGCCUCAAUCAUCCAGUCUGUGUUGGAGCAAGGAUCAACUUUCAGUGCCAUAAUGAAGAUGUUAGUGAAAGGCGAUCUGGAAUGGUUGUUCGCAUUAGUGAAAUAGAUCCCAUGAAAUGGCCUGGCUCGAAGUGGAGAAGCCUGCUGGUAAGAUGGGAGGAUGGUGCUGAAUGUAACGGCCAAGAUAGAGUAUCUCCAUGGGAGAUCGAGGUAGCUGGUGGUUCUGUCUCUGUUGCUCAUUCUCUGUCCGCAUCUAGUUCUAAAAGAACCAAGUUGUGUGCUCAGGGAAAUUUGGACGUUCCAACAAUGUAUGUUACAGGGAAUGGUUGUACUGACUCCGUGGAAACUGGAAAGUUACCCAGGGUCUUGCAAGGUCAAGAAUUGAUGGGUUUUAGGACUCGUCAUGUUCCGUGUGCUCCUCAAACUGCUGAGGCUGCAAAACUUCAAUCUUCUGAUGCUAGUAGGUUUCUUAGUAAUGCACGUGACUGCGCAUUGAGUGCUCCAACAAGCAGACUCGCAGUGCAUAACUCUGGUUUUACCUACCAAUCUGUAGGCUUCAAUGAAUCUAUUGGAUUCUCAGAGGUCUUGCAAGGUCAAGAAAUUUCUCGGGCAGUUCCUAUGUUCCAAGGAAUGAUGUCUGAGGCUUGUUCACUGAAAGGCGGAUAUGGGCUACAUAGUUAUAUGCAUACCCCAGUUGCUGUUAAUGGAUUAUCAGCCCCAGCUCAAGAAUGUUGUCUGACACUAUCUACUCCGCCAGGAGCACAAGUGCCCUCUCUCUACCCUGAUAAUAUUUUUAACCGAACUGUGGUUCCGCAGCUUGGACUGGCAAGCAAGUUUGGUGGUGGAGGUACAAAUGGCCAGCAGUCUGGCCCAUUUGAUAGGCGGAGGGAAAUUUGGACCAAGCCACAGCAUGAAACACCUGAUCAAAUGAACUUGGAUCAGUUUGAGACUAGAAGAGCUUCAGCACCUGGAGAUGCUGGUAAGCUUGGGUCUGGUGGAGGGGAGGUUCGCAAAACUAGCUGCAGACUUUUUGGUUUCUCCUUGACUGAGAAGAUCUUGCCAGCAGAUGAUGAUGGCGUCAAGGAAGUGAGCUAUGAGCCUGAGUGCCAGAACCCACGGAUGCUGGAUCUGUUUGGGUACAACUGCUCAACCCCGAGUGCUGCUCUUCCGGCUCUGUGUGCUGCCCCCAUUGGAAUGUGAUGCUACUUCAAUAAGGUUGCCGAGUAUUUCCAUGUAUUCUUAGAAGUUUUACUUUCCCAGUACCCCAGUGUACUUCAUAAGCUGCCUUUUGACAUCAUUCCCUCUAUUGGUCUGCCUCAAGCUAAGCAGUCAUUUGCACAAAUAAACGAAGGAUUGUUGGUGAACCACUCCUCGCCUGGCCUCACCCUGCCAUGCAAGCUAUUGUGGUUAGUCUCAGGAUAUCCAGAGACACUGCAUUGUAACUUAUGUGGCUGAUCCUUCAGAACUGUAGUGCUAUUUGCUUUAAAAGUACUUGGCUCGCAGAUUUUAGAUUCAUGGGAAGGUUUGUCAGCUUUAAUGUACCGUCUAUGUAUCUUUAAAUCAGCUCCUGACUUUUUUUAGCUCUCACAAUCACAAGCCCUGGUUGCAGUCGCCUAGGCCGUGUGAUUGUAUCAGAUGUAAGGCAAAUGCUAUGUUUUAAGCUCUGUUGCUUAUGGAUCUUUAUUCUGGUGGAUUGUGUGUGAAUACUCUGUUCUUCA